UCCUGGUACUUUUCAACGUUGUCAAGGAAGGCAUCGAUAGAGAGAAAGGCUGGCUCGAGGGAAGUAGCUGCAGUGUCCUGACAGUAUAUCUGUCCAAACGUUCACAAACUGUCCCGGAAAGUUAGGUGUAACUACCAGGACCAUCUGGUGUCUGUUAAUGUCAACAUGUGGCGGGUGACCACCAGAGAUGGGAGACAGACAUAACAAGAUCUAUAGGAUGUUACUCAAUCGCAUACAACAUUGUAGGCUAAAGGCUGACGAUAUCCAUAUCUGGUGAACAUUGGACGAAGGAGAGUGGGAUGUGUGAAGAGUCUGCAGCCAGCACAGUUUGGUGAAGAGCACGAGAGGUGACCAAUCAGCGACCAUCAUGCCAACCACCAAGGGAACUGGAGGGGCUGACAGCCCACGGGGUCAGCGCUACCGUCCGGCCUCAGAGUUCGAUGAUGCCACACUAGCCCAGAAGAGAGAGUACUGGAAGACCAAGAAACGAGAGCAGAGGGCCAAGCUGUCAGAGGUCAAGAAGGCAAAAGCUACAAACAGAGGGAGUAACUCCUUGGGCAGAAAUGCAGUCCAUAAGACCCUAACCUCAAUGGCAUUGAAUUCCAGUGCCUCUUGUUCAAUGGCAGGGUCUGCCCCCCCUUUGUUGAAUAGCGAUGGUUCCUACCAAACCAAUGUCGGUGGUGCACCUGUAGUCUUAUUAAAGGGAAAGGGUUCUGCUGUCUUUCAUCAUCAGAACCAUAGUGUUGGGGAAGGGGACCAAAACUCUUCCUCAGCAAACCAAAAGGAGAGGUGGUUCCAGAGGAUAAAACUCGACAAAGUCUUGCCUCAGUUCCCAGCGUCCAGUUCAGGUCCAGGAAAAGGUGCGAUGGUCUGCAAGAUGGCGGUGAAAAGUUCCCCAAAAGGGGGCACUGUGAUCGGAACGGUUACCCCAGCCAAACACAACGGAGUGCUGCUCAACAGUGGCUCCUCCGUGCCUCUGGUAAAAGUGACGGUGAGACCCUCAGGCUCUGCACCUCGCCAACCACCAAGCGGAAUGACUAUUCUGAAUGGCAGCACUCCUGUAGUGUCGACUCAAAAGCAUCUGGCCACCCAGAGUGUAUCAAGGCCUGAUGCGUUAACUGAGACGCAAAUUACAGUGCGUGUUCAGCCUGGACCGCUAACUGCUAACAUUACCACAGGGUUGACCGUGACCAAUCAGUCUGCCCCUGCCCUCAUUCACAAACCAGAGGGUAGGCCUAUAGGGAUGAAAGUAACACAACUAGGUGGGAAAAAUAGUGACUUGGUCACAGCCCAAGGAGUUAGAAGUAUCAACGACACAUCAGCUCCACUGGAGACUGAGGAGGAGAAAGCCGCCAUGCGCAGAGAGAAUUGGCGCAUCAAGAAGCGAGAACAGAGAGCGAAGCAGGCGGGUAGGUUAACGAAGGCCAGAGAGAGAAUCACGAACAUGGAGGUAUCGUUGCAGAAAGCUGGACUGUUAACCAACGUGGUCAUUGAACGUCCUCCGUCUGCUUUGAGUGGACAGGGCCAGAGGCCGUGUGUUAAUAGAGUCAGGGUCCCGUUCAUCUCAGCCGGACGCCUGCUAAAGAACGCCAGAGCAGUGGCUAGCGUUGUAGUCAAAAGGGAGUCUGAGGAUUCAGUCCUGGCUAAGCUAACUGCAGUCAACACUAAUCAACAGACCGUUCAGCUAAAAGUAGAGAAUCCGCAGGAAGCUGAAGCAACAAUGCAAACUGGUAUGGCAUCGAAUGUCAUUGGUUAUAAACCAGCAGGGGAACCAAGCAGAAGGCUCCCUGGUCCAGGGCAGUUUGCCAACACUAGCCGAGGUAUGGUCCGUUGUAGGACUCCGAGACAGAGGUUCAUUGAAACCCAACGGAAUUACCUGGGUCAGAGAAACAUGAGGAAGUCCCCCUGUCAUGCUACAGCCUUCAAAACCCGCAACGCACUCCGAGAGGACCCAACGGAGACCCCCGAGCAGAGGGUGGCCCGGAAGCGGGAAUACUGGCGUGUCAAAAAGCGGGAACAGCGAGCUAAGCUGUCGGUGGAAGUCCGAGCUAAGAUGAAGGAGAGGGAUGCUCUGAUGCGAAGAGUCAACCGGUACCAGAGCAUACUGGAGGAUAUGAGGAAGGCGAGAGCGGCGGGCAGCAACACACUGCCACAACCAACAGGAAGUAGGCCUACCCACACCAGCGCCUCAGAGACCAUUGGAGGGUUCAUCAAGGAGGACGGUACCUUGACCAAUACCAUUCCCCAAAUUGAUCUCAUUACAGAAGCAAAAGAGACUGGGGGUGAAAUUAGUUUCAGCGGUGGGAUACCUGUUAAUAAUUCAUUUACCAACACUAACACACAUCGCCAACACCAACUGCUUCCCAAACCCACUGGUGAUACAUCUAGUAAUAUGGUACAUCAAAUACGGGUCAACCCACCACCACCUCUAAUCCGUCCUGCUCAGGUCAAUGUCUCCGGUUCUCCCAUCGGCCUGUCAAUCACAAAGCCUCCCAGGUUAGUUUCAGUCAGACCGAGGACUGAAUUUCGAAGCACACCGAAAAACCUCCUGAAUCCACAAACAGUUGUCCAGCCCCAGAGUCAUAUCACCCUCACACGCCCUCAAAACACCUUUCCUGGUUUGCCUACAGCGAUACCAAAGCCGGCUAGCUGCGUCAUGCAGAUGGCUGUCAAAGCUUCUACAGCAUCAGCAGUGCUAAACUUGGACCCAAAGCUAACAGAGGAGGAAAAGAUGGCUAAGAAGAGGGAGUACUGGAGGGUAAAAAAACGAGAGCAGAGGGCAGCCCGUGCCACCCGCCUAAGGCAAGGUGUUCAAGCUAGGGGAAAGACUACCUCACAGAAGAGGCGGAACCAAAAAUUAGCACGAUUAGCCGUCCCCAUUCCCAAUGUCAACACCUCUGUCAACAACACACAGACUAUCAAGCCUCUCUCAAACACCAGUGUGUCCACGCCUCCACAGGGAAACCAAAUCAAACAAGGGAGAGGAUCAACAGACGCUCCAUGUCCUCCACUGGAACAACCCCUCUGUGUUGAUAUCAAACCGUCCCGGUGUUCACCACCACCUCCAGAGCCACCACAGACCGAGCCGCCAGACCCAGCCUUGAGUGCUGACAGCCAGGCCACCACUCUCCUGGUGGUGGCCUCUAUGAAGAAGCUCCUGGAGGAAUCGCUCAGCACUGUGGCUGACUGUAAAAUGGAACAGCCAGACUGUAUUACUGAACAGCCAGACUGUAUUACAGAACAGCUGCCUUGUAAAAGUGACCCUCAGACCUGUUCCUACAAGGAUGCUGCCGUCCGGAUGGAGGUCAAGCCAAAUCUACCUCUGCUCACCCUGGGAGAUGAGAAGGUCUCCCUGUCUGGUGACCUAUCGUUGGAGGUCAAAGGGUGGCAGGUGGAUGCUGAUACCCUGCCAUCCUGCCAGGUAACCAUUCGUCCAUUGAGCCCUCAUCCUAAGGACUCUCCCCUGUCAAGUCCUUGCACUGAAACACUGUAUUUCCCAGCUCUCCCUCCCUCCGAACCCCCCACUCACACACCCACACACUCCUGGACCCACAUGGCGGCUUCCAGGGGACCACACCUCCCUCGCAGAGCCCAGAGGCUGCGUUCCAAAAAAGCAGGACACCACCACUGCUGCUCCCCAGAACCCCCGAAGCUGCUGCUACAACAACAACAACAACAACAACAACAAAAUCAACAACUUCAAAAUCAACAACAGCAUCAGCAACAUCAGCACGCCCCAGCGGUGACAGGCCAGAGUGUGACUCUGGAGAAGAAGAGGGAAUACUGGAGGAUGAUGAAGAGGCAGCAGAGAGCUAGGACAGCCAGGCAGGGAGGAGGGGGGCUGAGACGGGGGGACUACGGCAGACGACUGGCCCUCAAAGCAGCAAAGGUUUCGAAUCUCCUUAUUGUGAAGACCCAGAGGCCAGUGCAGAGGAGCGGAAGCUUCGGUCUACACACAGCACCAUUGCUCAAACUGCAGUCCUCCCCCUUUCUCCAGCCUAUAUCUCCCCCUGCUUCUGGACCCCAGGCUAGCCUCAGCACGGUCACCAACAUCCCUACACUUCUGGUUGUAGACCCCACCACCUCCAACAUGGAACAGUCAUAUGAUACAACACAGCUCAACCCUCCUGUCAACUGUACCAGUAUCUCCAAUUCACCCAUUGGUCACACAGAGUCCCCACAGACAUCUCAUAGCUUUAGUACCGUGUCUCUCCCUAUAGGAAGCGGUGUCACUGUCCCCCCGUUGGGUGAGGGGAAGAAAGACGGGCUGCUAUUGGUGGAGAACCAACAGGAAGCGGCCCCAGGAUCCAGCACUGACUCGCCCCGCAUUCUAAAAUGGAGACUGCGAGUGCAGGAAACCUUGGACACCGAUACCUCACCUAUCGCUACUCUGACACCUCCACCCAACCCUUUGACUAGCAUCAAGCUCUUACCAAUUCAGCCUCCCAGUCAAACAUCCUCUUUCACCCCAACACAGACUCCUUUCAAAUGUCAUGGUGCUCAGAUUUCUCAAAGUGGGAAUGUACAUAAUGUACGAUCGCCUACAAUGCAGGGGCUCACCAAAAGCCCCAUCUACAUAAGCCCCAUGGGUCCGCCCAAGCCAGUGCCGGGGGAGUCGGAAGAGGAGACUCUGAGAAAGAAGAGGGAGUACUGGAGGGUGAAGAAGAAGGAGCAGCGAGCCAGGAAAGCAAUGAGAGAUGGGGAGUUGACGGAAAAGAGGCCCUCGGUCAACUGGCAUCCCAUCCUCCCCAACGCUCAUCAUCCUCAACACCUACUUGAGGAGAUGGAGACUCAGGAACAGGAUCCUGACCGGUGGUUCAACACCUCAGAGGACUCUGAACUACUUCUAAGUACUUCCACAGAGACAGACAUGGGCUACUUUCCUGACUUUGGCCAUACGGAACCUUUAGAAGACGAAUCAGAGCUGCUUUUCCUAGACGACGAUCAUGGCGGAAACUACGACGGCGCCAUCUCGGAUGCUGUAUGGAGGAAUCGCUACCUCAUGGACUACGACCCGCUGAACCAGCUGCUGGUGUGUAUGGUGUGCGGGGAGCUCCAGUACUCCCACAGCCUGGAGGGGGUGAGGGCCCACAUCGACGAGGCCCACCCGGACACCCUGAGCCUGGAGCCCCCGGAGCACCGGCGCAUCCUGGAGGCCUGGGACGAGCAGGUGUCCAGGAGAGAACGCUUCUUCACCAGCCAGCUGCAGCAGCACAGUGGGACGAUGGGAGGGGAAAGUGCCAACUUUCCAGCAGAAGUAAUGGUUGCUACAGAGGACUCGUCAUACCUGACGAACAGCAAAAGCGCCAAAACUAUUAAAAGACUCUGAGCGCUAAGGUGAGCAUUUGAGCCUUCAUAACUGUACAUUGCACAGACACCAUGUAUGUCUGUAUAUCAUAAUGUUGACCAUAGCUCUCUGUAUACCAAGGGGUGCAUUCUUAUCGGUCUGUAGAAAAACUACACAUAUGUCGGACAUUGUUUGACAAACUCGUACCUUCUCCUACUAAUUUGUCGUAAUUUGCAGAAGCACAAAUAGCUAAAUUCCAGACAGCAUAAAACAACAAUAGAAGGCCAUUGUGAGAAGAGUAAGAGAAAACACUGCUGUUUUUUCUUUUGUGUAUUGAUUUUUACGGAGAAGUUCACCUCUACAAAGAAUGAACUAAACUUGAACUGUAUACCUGUAUAGGGGACAUGGAACCACAAGAGGCAAGCUUUACCUCAUUAACUGGGAUAAAUACACACACACGAAUGUAUGUAUCUUCUUGCUGUUUUCGAUAGCGCAAUUUUGUAGCGAUCAUCAUUCACUACUGCUACACCAUGUCUCCUGUGCCCUAAACACCAAAACGUAAUAUCAAUGAGGGAUGUCACUGGACUCUAUAAUGCUUUAUAACAUACUAAAGCACAGUCAGGACUCUCCCUCAGUCUACAGCACUGGGUUAACUUAACGUCCCUGUUAUGUGUCCAUGACAAACAGGUCAGUGAUGUUCUUCAAUCUGAAUGAAUGACAUGUCCUUGGUCUUCUCAAUGUAUCAGGAUCAAUAUGAUCCAGGUUUUAAGGGUAAAUAGCAGACCUGUGAAUUUGACUUGGAGACCAUGCGUCCAUUGAAGUGGUCUACAGGUGAUCAAUUGUUCAAUGAUUGAUAUUCGUCUGUACAUACAGUACAUUUUAUAAUUUCACUUAAUGAUAUGUUUAUUUAAUAUUUCUCACAAUUACUAUCAGUUUUGUAUAAAGUUUUGUACUGUAUUAACAAUCAAUUGUUAUUCAGGUCAAAGACCAUCUGUUUCUUUUUCCUUCCCUUUUCAAAAAGGGACAUCCUUGCAUGAGGGUAUUCUAAAUAUGUCCUAAAAAGUACUGGUAUAUAAUAAUUUUUCUUGCAGCAUACUGUAUCUACAAGACUGACUCUUCAAAAUACUUAUUUGACACACAAAACAACAACAUUGUUUUAAUAAAUCAUUGUUCUGGAAUAUAAAAUGUUCUUCCUUUUUAAUAAAUGUAAACAUUGUUUUUGUAAUGGUGAUUUGAGAAAUGUAUUUCUGCACUGUAAAUACAACACAGAUAGUUCUGUUUAGAGGGGUGGUGAAAUGGCAAUACCCUUUCAUGUAUUAUUUCAAUGCCUAUCACUUAAUGGUUGCUCACAUUGUUUCGGAUUCAUAUUUCCUUGUCUAUUCAUACUGUAUACAUCAACUAUAUUUUUUAAUGCCUUUAUUUAGUCUGAACAAUCAGUCAGCGGCAACAAAUAUACAUAAUUAUUUAAUUUUUAUUUAAUUGUAUCCCUGAUUUUAACAAUCAAUUAUCAGCAUAUGUUUUAUUUUUAUUACUUUUUAAACAAACAAAAAAAGAUUGAAGAUCCAUUGGCCCUGUUGCUGGGAUGUUUGUAUACUUCCUAUAUGUAACAGAAAAUGUGUGGAAAAGAUGUCCAUUUCCAUUGUUUUUGGUUCACCAAUAUGCUGAAAACAACGUCCUGUAGAGCACAAAGCUUUGGAAGUCAGUCUUCUGUUGUCUUAACAGACUGAAACUGCAUUGAAAACAGAUUGUACUGUGAUGAACUUUUUCUUGUACAGCUGUGACAAACUGUAAAUGUACAGGGGACACUGACCAAGCUGUAUGAUUUUACCUGUUUUAGAAUGUUCCUCUUUGAAUUGGUUCCUACCUUGUUUAUCUGUUUUAAAAGGGAAUGUUCAAAUGCCUUUUCGGUACUAAUAAACCCUUUUUGUAUCUUUUAAAA